ACCAGCUCUGCCAGCCUGCUACCCACUCAGCUCAGUCCUCAUUCAGCUAGCUCUCUCCUCUCGAACUCUCCACACCCUUCUGCACAAGAGACAAGACCAUCUCUGCCCGCAAAAAAAAAGAGACAAGACCAUCUCUCGUCAGAUCCAGCGAGUGGGACAAGACCUGCUGGCCGACCUCCCCCACCCUCAGAUGGCAGCCACGGAGAACGGCAGCGCGCGGGCGGAGGAGGCAGCAGCCCGCCUCUUCCUCCAUGGAGACGAGGCCGGAUGGGCUGGCGGCGAGGCUGACGGAUAGGAAGAGGGCGCCGUGUGCACGGAGGAGGAAACAGCCGCGUCGCAUGGGGACGAGGCCGGACGAGCUCGCGUCGAGGCUGACGGACAGGAGGGGGGAGGAAGCAGUAGAGCAGAGCAGGCAGCAGCCGCGCCUUCCGGCAUGGGGACGAGGCCGGGGGAGCUCGCGGUGAGGCUGGCGGACUGGAAGGUAGGAGGAGGCAGCGGCACGCGAGCACGAGGCGUACAGGACGACCAAGCUCAUCCUGCAUCGCCAUCAGGUACGGCGUCGAGGUUUUAAGAUUGGGAUCUUUGUCCCUGUUGGGCCAGCUUGGCAACCACAAGCAUUUCAUUUUCACACAUAUAUUUUGUAUCAAUUCAAUUUGUAUUGUAAGUAUUCAGGUUUCAUGCAGAUUUAUAAUAGAUAAACAAGCUCUAUAGUUUAUUGUAGAUUAUUGUUGUGCGUGAAGAGGAAAGAAAAGGAUUAUUUGUCCAGCUGCAAAACGAAAUCAGCUAAGUUAGUUGAGUAGAGCUGGUUUUUAGCACAACGACCAGCUCAGUUUGUUGAGCAGUUGCCAAUUUGUAGCGCUCUAGGUAGCGCCCGCUCCCAGAUCCGAACGGAGAAAAAGUCUCGCGUGAGAGAAAAAUAGGCUAAGCGCUCGGCGACUGGCUCGACAUCGAUGCCAGCCCAAAUCCUGGGAUUGGGGGGAUUUGACCAAAUCGGACGGGAAUCGAACCCUGGCGCCCGUUGUAAGCGCCCCCGUUGAACAUGCCCUAACAGGACCCACCACCUGCAGAGGAAGCUAGAGUCCUGAUAUCCAGUCCAGCACGUCGUAAGAGACUAGAAUUGCAUGGACUCUGUCUCUGUGGUUUUAUGUUGUAUAGGACAUCUUUGUUCCUCGGAAACUCCGUGCAUCAGACUCGAACAGAUCUGCCUCCUACCCCGUCUUCUCCCCUCUGAUCUGACCCUUCUUCCUUGGCCGCCAUGGACGAUUUACCGCACUGCACCUGCGAGAAGACCCAGUGCCUCCAGCGCUACUGCCAUUGCUUCGAGGCCUGGGUGUUCUGCGACGAGAGGUGCUCCUGCCAGGGCUGCCGCAACACAGAGGACAACUCCGACGAGGUGGAUGAGCGCGCAGAGUGCAUCAUGAAGAAGAAGCCCGACGCCUUCAAGCCCAAGAUCAUCGCCGGCGAUGGGCCUGGGCUGCAACAGCAGCAGCAGCAGCAAGUGGCAGGGGUGCACGUCAAGGGAUGCAACUGCCGCAAUUCUGAAUGCAAGAAGCUCUACUGCGAGUGCUUCAAGCACGGCGUCGGGUGCAGCGACAAGUGCCAGUGCACAGGGUGCGCCAACACCUUCGGAGUGAAAGGCGCGGCUCAACAAGCACAUAGUGACAGUUCUGAAGGAACAUCUGGCGGCUCCGGUGAAACACUUGCCCGUUCGAAUGGAUCGUCCGCAAUCGUCAACGACGACAUGGCUUCUCAGUCCACAGAAGCAAGCAUCAUGGACGAUAUCCACAUCCCAAGCGAAUUGAGUGACAUGGAUGUUGAUCUUGGUCCACCAAAUCAAGCCUUGGGUGACGACGGCCUCGAGGACAUCGUCUUCAAUCAUUCAGACUUUCACCACAAUGUUGAUCCCCAAACACAUGAGGGGUUCGCAAAGCAGGGCGCUGGAUCGCUGAGCAAUGACGCAAACUCCCUACUACAGCAGGGCCCCUAAAAAACUGACACUUGUAAUCUCCACCUUGGCAGCCAGAUCAACAGAUUCGGUGGAAGUUGAUCUUGAUGAAGCUGAUGAUCAACCUAAAACCAUACACCACUUGAGAUUUGCUCAGUAUAUGUUAUUAUCUUCCAAAUAGCCACAAAUUAGUAUAUAUAUGGUUAUUAUCUUCCAAAUCUUUUCCCUGAGAAUUUUAUGAA